AAUACUUCUUGGUUCUGACUACAUCCAACGUCGACGGCCUUGGGACUGACGACAGGAGUCCUUACGCGUUUUGUGCCCACAAUGUCCCUGGAACGUGCCAAUGACAACGGCGUAUUUACAGCGGAGUCCUAUCGACGGAAUGUCCAGACUAUACAGGCAAUGGAGGACCAACUGAAAUGGAUGAAGCUGGAGAACGAAAAAGCGGAAUUGGAGCGCAAGGUCAGGGAAGGCGAAACAGCCAGAGAGCAACUUGUUCAACUGCAGGGCCAAAUGACUGCCACAGCACCAGGUAAUGUCGGGAAUGCUAAUGUUUCAAACGGCCCUUCAAUCUAUCCGGUUCAGCCAAGCGCAUAUAUCGAGGAAGUGGGAUAUGAUAAUCAGCCCAGUUCAUCACGACCCACUCCCAACCACUCUCAACGAUACCACCCGCGUCCGAACGGAAAUAUGAAUUAUUCAUCUAUCCCUCCCAUCGCUGUGAACAAUUCUGCUAACGUGGCGCGUCACCAUCCACACAUGCAUCGCCAAACUACAUUUAUUCCCGGAUCAUCGCCAAGCGAUACCAACUCAAUACGGCCUGUGCAUUGACCACGACUUUCGAACUUCAAGUCUGGCUAAUGCUUUUGGUGGUACGCCGUACCCUCCGAUUUCGUAUGUGCAGCCUGCAGGAGCGACUACCGUACACCCAACUUCAGCAGCAGCGG